ACUGACAGGUCACGGUGUUAAUAGGAGGACUUUGGAGUUCCGCGCCAAGGCUGACAAAGGGGACAGGUGCCUGUGAGGAGAUCUAUACACGGGAAAUGUGGCCAAGUAGAGAUGUUCUCUGCACCUUUAAAACCCAAUAGGCCUGCUCCUCUUUCAUCUGCAACCUACCAACUGUCCUGCUGCACUGAGGCCUCCAACACGGGUCUCCUUUCUAUGGCCAGGGUACCAUGGCUGCUGUCCAUCUUGUUCCUGCUGGUGCUCCAUGCGCCAAGGGUAGCACCCGCUCCGACGCAGCACCUCUGCGGCUCCCACCUGGUAGACACCCUGUACUUCGUAUGCGGAGAAAGGGGCUUUUUCCACAGUCCGAAACGACUCCACAAGAGGGAUCUGGAACACUUGCUUAGGUUCCUGUCAAAGAAAAACAGACAAGAACAACAGCCGUGGAGGAAGUUUUCUGGCAGCGACGAGCCCAAGGUGAAGAGAGGCAUCGUGGAGCAGUGCUGCCAUAAGCCAUGCAGCAUUUACCACCUGGAGGGCUACUGUGACUGACCCGCUCACUCCACAUUCACACACACGACCACUCACAGCUUCAUAUUUGGCCAAAUAUUUGCUGGCUUUGUUUAAAUGACUGCAGCAAAUAAAGCUUCAUGACCCACAACCUCAGACUCAUCUUUGCAAAGAUGUGACUUUGUACUUUUUGUCUAUUAAGGAUAUCAUUUUGCAGUCGUCUUUUCAACAUGAUUGCGAUCCUACACUGCCCUCUGUUGGCUGAUGCCAGAAUUAGCCAGUAAGAUUCAAACAACUAAUGUUUAAAAGAUCACU